CACUUAUUAUAAGAAAUCGUUGCUCACGAGAUGUUAAUAUUUAAAAUUAAAACCAUUUUCUUGCGUGGUGAUAAGUGUUAAGACAUUGUGUCAAUAACGGAUGGACAUUUGACCUAAACUUUAAAUGCUAGGUAAGCUCAAGGGCAGUUUCAAUGAGCAUUAAUCCUAAUAAAGAAUUAUUCAUUUAGAUAAUAAUCUUACACAAGACCGACUCUAAACAUUCCAAUUGUUACUUUUGAUUGGUAGUGAAACACAAACACGCGCUCUAAAGUAUAUUUGUUUUAAGUGGAAAAAGACAUGUAACCAAUAUGAUAUUUCAAAACCUUCUAGCUUUAACGUCAACACUUGUCGGUGCAUUUUUUCUGUUAGGAUCUAUGGACAUGGUGGGUUCUUCUGAAGUGCGCAUCACAGGUGGCAAAGACUUCCUUGGUGUGGUUCAAUUUUAUGAAAAUGGAAAGUGGAAUAGCCUUUGUGCUGAUGGGUUUGGUAGAAAAGAUGCCAACGUUGUGUGCAGGCAGCUUGGGUUCAAGAAUGGAAUGGCUUUGAACGUGAGCUCUGAAAAAAUUUCAAAUCGAGGGUUCAAAGCGCGUCCAAAUAUUUCUUGUGCGGGCAAUGAGAGAUCGAUAUUGGAAUGCAAAUAUGACAGAGAAGGGCGUUGCAAGGAGCGUCGGUACAAUGCCGGAGUUCUAUGCUACAACCAGAUCAAACCUACUGUACGAAUGAACGGUACAUCAAACUCCGGUGUGGUUGAGAUUCAAGUCGACAACAAUAAUUACACAUUCUGUGAAAGUCUGUGGGGGACUCGGUUAUGGAGAGAUCCAUCUAGCCGUACCUGCAGGCUUUUCGGAUUCAACGGUGGACAGGGCAGGAUAUAUCCAAAUGGUGACCGGACUAUGCUAGCUGUAAGCUUCUCGUGUUCCUACCACCAAAGAUCCAUUUUCUCGUGUUCCUGGUCCUUCAAAGACGAUUCCAAAUGCCUGCAAGAGAAUAGUGCUGCUGGUGUUGUGUGCUAUAAAAAUGUGCGUAUUUCUGGCGGUUGGGAGAACGACACCAUGAUUGCCGGUGUCGUGGAAGUGUAUCAUCCCGGCUGUUGUCCCCUAUCAAGAUGGUUAACCAUGAGCCCUACCAGCUUCGGCGAAAGGGAGGCAUUGGUCGUGUGUCGGGAACUGGGAUUUUCUUACAGUAAACUCCUACCGUUAGGAUUAUUUGGAUCAAAGCGCAUUCCCAUUUUCCACCAAUUUAAUUGUAGUGGAAAUGAAACUAAUUUUGCUGACUGUGACUACGUAAAGGUAAACCAGGGAAACUUAACCACCGUAAAUCCCUGCUAUGGACGAGAUGGAAAAUGUUACGGGCGGUUAACUAAGACCUACGAAUACUCUUCUAUUGUCUGCUCCAUAUUCCCUAUUGGAAACACAGGAAUUAAGGUCCUUCCUGUUGAUAUGUCACCUUCAAUAGUGUAUGUGGAGAAAGACGGAAUAAAGGGGGUUAUCUACCCUGAAGAUUGGGACAAUAAUGACGCCCAAGUCAUGUGUCAACAGCAGGGUUAUAAAACAGGAGUCGCCCUCGGGCCCCUUUAUGCAGCUCCAAGAUACCCUUACUGGAUGUCAAAAGUGAAAUGUGAUGGAACAGAAGGACACAUUGAAAAUUGCAAAUUUGAUGAAACACCUCCUCCCUGGAAAGAUCACUCAUUUAGGGACCUUCGCAGCGCCGCACAAGUGCAUUGUACAAAUGGAACAGGUGUCGAUAUACAACUUUUAACAGAAACAUCCACAAACGCAGGAAUGGUGAAGGUUUCUGUUAACGGGGAGUGGGGCGUUAUCUGCGAUAGUGACUGGACCAAUAUGGACGCCAGGGUAGCCUGUCGGCAAUUGGGUUUUAAAGACGGUCUUGCUGGUAGCAUGGUUGUCAAACCAUUAGGAACAGGUCCUUUGUGGCUGAGAGAAAUAGAAUGCAGUGGUGAUGAAAAGUCUAUAUUCUCCUGUCCGGGACAGUUCUUUGUUGCCCAUAAAAAAAAUCCAAAGUAUGCAAAGUUAUAUCUAUCCUGCCUGCCGUAUGUUUUCUGUACAGAUCAAGUCCGUAUCCAACCCAACGCGACAUUUGGCGCUAUUCAAGUAUGGGACAGGGAUAACUUUCACCUUGUGUGUGCGGAAAAGUUCGAUGACCUUGCCGCUCAGGCAGUUUGUCGAUCCUUUGGGUUCGCCUUCGGGAAAAGCAUAUGCUGCUCCGCUUUCGGACGAAUGGAAUAUGAUAUUGUAUAUAGCAAUAUCAAAUGCACUGGAAUUGAGUCAGACCUACUCGAAUGCGAUUAUGUCAAGUACUUUCCCAACUGCACCAGUGGACAUUACGCCUCUGUAGCCUGCUCGAAUCUUCCUGAAAAUGAAGAUUAUGAAUUAAAGAUACAUCGAUCUGGAAAAGUUACCACUAGACAUUUUGAUAAUUCGGGCUUUGUCUGCGCUAAUGGUUUUGAUGAUGCAGAAGCGACAGUAAUUUGCAAGGAGAUGGGCUAUAAAGGUGGAUCUGCGUACUUCCAUUCAAGGCAUACAAAAUAUUCAACAGUCCCACUUCUAGGAGUUCCAUGGUUAGCGAAUAUUGCUUGCAAGGGAACCGAAGAGUACCUGGGAAAUUGUGAAAAAAACGAUUGGGGCUUAGUUGGGUCUUGCGAUGAAAACAAAAUACCUGCAGUUUACUGUUUCAACAAAACGGGUUUUUCUUUUGCCCUUGUAAAUGGAACGGAUAAAGAUAGUGGGCUUGUUGUGUUCAUCAUAGAUGAUAAAGAGGGUGCAAUAUGCCUACGCGAUUCCGUUAUAGAAGAACGACAAAAACUUGCAGCCAUCGUAUGUAAACAGCUUGGCUAUGGACACGGCAGCCUGCUUUUGAAUGGUACUGAUGCUGAAAAUGAGGUCGACAUUAUUAAAAGAUUUCCUGGACAGUUGGAUUUGUUUAUAACCAAGGUUAAGUGUAACGGAAAUGAGAGCAGUUUAGCGGAGUGCACGUAUAGGAUUUUAGAAGACUGGUCGUCGAUCACUGAGGAUUGGAUACCGGUUGCUGAAUACGAUUGUAACACGUGGGCUUGUAUGAGAGCCAAAUUUUACAACCGAGGAAAUGCGAUAGUACAAGAACUCUCAUGUUGGGAAGGAAAACGACGUCUCGCUGUCAAAUGCUUCCCUUAAUACCAUGUCCUGUGCUUUUUAGAUAAUCGAUAAAAAACAAACAUUCAAUUCCUUUCCAUUAGAUUAUUUUAAAGUAUUUAAAUUGUGCGCCAUUAGCGAUUAAGUAGUUGAAUUAAAUAUGAUGUAAAUGAA